AUGGCGUCUAUUCGAUCCAUCCGACGAAACCUCACCGCCUUCAGACCGUUAACCAGACCCAGCGUGUUGCACGCUUCUAGGAGGUCGGUCUCGACUUACAAUGCCGACAUUGCGGGGUUGACUGAGGAAGAGGCAGAGUUCAGAAACGCGGUCAACGACUUUGCGCAGAAAGAGAUCGCUCCUCGCGCUGAAGAGAUUGACAAGACCAAUACCUUCCCUUCAGUGAGUCUUCCCAACCCAUACACAUCCCAACGCGCACUGACCUCGUCCAAGGAUGUAUGGACCAAACUCGGAGACAUGGGCCUCCUCGGAAUCACCGUCUCGCCCCAGUACGGUGGGCUAGGCCUGGGGUACUUCCAACACACUCUCGCCAUGGAGGCCCUUUCCACUGCCUCAGGGUCCGUAGCCUUGUCCUAUGGCGCCCACUCCAACCUCUGCGUCAACCAAAUCCACCGACACGGAACGGAGAAGCAGAAGGAAAAGUACCUCCCAGAUUUGAUUAGCGGUGUCAAGGUGGGCAGUUUGGCGAUGAGCGAGACGGGGAGCGGGAGUGAUGUUGUGAGCAUGAAGUUGAGAGCGGACAAGGUUAAAGGUGGAUACAAGUUGAAUGGCAACAAGUUUUGGAUUACGAACGGACCUGUCGCGUCGACGUUGGUUGUGUACGCGAAGACGUCUCCGGACAAGGGGUCCAAGGGUAUUACCGCGUUUAUCGUGGAGAAGGGUAUGCCUGGAUUCUCAACGAGUCAGAAACUGGACAAGUUUGGUAUGAGGGGAAGUGACACCUGCGAGUUAGUGUUUGAGGAUUGCGUGGUGCCAGAAGUCGUCGCAGAGAACGUGUUGGGACAGGUGGACAGAGGAGCUGCAGUCCUCAUGUCUGGUCUCGAUUUGGAGAGAAUAGUCCUUAGCGGAGGUCCUCUUGGGUUGAUGCAAGCCGCAUUCGACUAUGCCGUGGAAUAUGUUCACGACCGCAAGCAGUUUGGCCAGCCGGUUGGAACGUUCCAGCUCAUGCAAGCUAAAAUCGCAGACAUGUAUACCAAGUUAAGUGCGAGCAGAGCCUAUGUUUAUGCCGUCGCCCGAGCUUGUGAUCAAGGUAGAAUUAGUCGAAAGGACUGUGCCGGAGCCAUUCUUUACUCGACAGAAAAGGCCGUUGAGGUUACUCUAGAAGGCAUGCAAUGUCUUGGUGGAAAUGGAUAUAUCAACGAUUACCCGACUGGCCGACUUGUGCGGGACGCUCGGUUGUAUACCGUUGGUGCUGGAACGCAGGAGAUUCGUCGUAUGCUUAUCGGGCGAGAGUUUAAUGAACAGUUCAAAGCCUGAGAGAAGGGACAGGGAGAUUCUAGUGCUGUAAAUUAAACUAACGAUUUGAUUCCAUAACAGAGGCAAUCUAGAGUUAUUCCAUGCAA